AUGUUUGAAGGGUUCAUUAUCUCGAGGCCGGUCUAUUUCACUGAACCGAGCAGUCGUUGUGGUUAUUGCAGCGCCAAGAAGAGCCGAGACGAAGACUAUUACUGCCUGGACUCGUGGUAUCGAAAUAGUGUUGUUCAUGCCAACAACAGUGAGGGAACGUUAGCGGAGAAUUGCACUCUGGGCUUUCAAGCAGAGCUGCUGUCAGUUGAAAUGUAUGACAGGCUGUGUAAUAUGGGCUACAGGCGAUCAGGUAAAUUCAUCUACAAGGCUGAUAUGCUCAGAAACUGUUGUCGGUUGUACACUAUAAGAACCCAACCAGACCUGGUUAUCAUGUCCAAGGAACUGAAACAUACUUUGAGACGAUUCAGCAAACGAGUGCUGCCUAGCGAUAAGCCCUUACACAGGAAUCCUAAAGGCGGAUGCCAUUAUAUCGAUGAAAUUGUCGAGACAGAGACUCUUUCAAAAAGCUUCAGGACUUGUUUCGAGCCUUCCGUGUUUACGGAGGAGAAGUAUAGGCUUUUUGCCAAGUACCAGGAGCAUGUCCACAACGAUUUUGACCACAGUGCCAGGUCGUUCAAGAGAUUUCUGUGUGAUACACCAUUCUCGAAAGAGACCGUGCUGGGAACGAAAGAGGAGUGGGAGCAAUUGAACAACUGGAAGGGGUUCAAGCAGGGUGACAGACUGAAGCGAUUGGGCCCAGCACAUGAAUGCUAUUAUUUCGAAGGGAACCUGAUAGCGAUGGCGGUGACCGACAUCCUGCCCUCUGGGCUUUCAUCCGUUUACUUCAUCUGGGACCCCGAAUAUUAUAAGUGGUCAUUAGGAAAGCUCAGCGCGCUCAGAGAACUCUCUAUCGUCAGCAAGGCCAAUCUUAAGUAUUAUUACAUGGGCUACUAUCUUGAUGACUGUCCGAAGAUGAGUUACAAGGCGAAAUAUGGCGGUGGGCUAUUGGACGUAUCCACACAUGCAUAUAUAUCGCUGGAUCAGGUUACAAAAUUGAAGCGUCCUGGUAAGUUGUUCGCAGUCGAAGCCACUUCCAAGAGUGAGGCCGAAAAGACGCAUUCCAGUGAGUUCACUUUAAAUGAUGCGCUUCUUCAUGCCCCUAAAAGUAUUAGCGAGACCGCUGCACUGAAGAACGUUGCAGAGGAGAUCUAUGGUGUCGCUGGGGGUGCUUACUCGGAAGCGAAUGAGGCGGCACAGGCAUUAGCGAGUCUAGGUAUUCCAUAUGCCGUAGACGAGCUACCCUUUCAUCCUCAAACCAAAGAACCAGAAGAGAAUGAGAUGCACAAUAUUCCGAACGUCGUCCCAGGCUUAGUUCCUCUGAAAGAGGUUCUGCAGAUGAUUAUGAAAGAUAGAAUCUCGGUUCUGGAAGGAACCGUUACCUUGUAUGACUUGCUUGAAGGCGAAAUGCGACGUUUAGAACGCUUUGAGGACGAAUCUCCGGAAAUCAAGAAGAUCCUAUGUGAUGUAGUAAGACUAAUAGGUCUAGAGAAUGCCAGAGGUCUGCUCCUGCUCCUUUAG